GGUCGCUCUCGGCGGACCGAGCGCAGUGGGCAGUGUGGUGCCACCGGACUGACGGGUGCGAGCGGCGGUGACUUCCCGCCGCGACAGGAGGAUUACUCGGAGCGGGCGGACAGUGGCCUCUCUCGAGCUCCCCGCUGAGUGAGUCGGGUCAGUGAGGCGCGGCGCUGGGUCAGUGAGAGGGUCAGUCAGUGAGGCGGCGGCCUGCAGCGCGGGCGGCCGGCGCCAUGCCUGUGUCGGCCAACUUCAGUAUGGAGGCGUACAGCAGCCGCGGGGAGCGCGGCCGGCGCAGCAGCGAGUCCUCGUCGGCCUCGGACGCCACGCGAGAGAGGCGCGGCUCCACCGGCGUAGUGCACCGGAGGCAGGUGUCCGCCGAGGCCACAGAAAAUAUCCCGACGCGCCGCAAGAGCGUCGGACCGAAGCCGGCGACUAACCCGAUGAAGUUUGUGGCUGCGGGACCGGCACCUCUACUACGGACCGCCUCCGAACAGAUGCUCAAGGCUGAGAAACUCAGGAUGGCCGCCAAGACAGCCGUCAAAGAGGAGGAGAGCGCCGCCUGGCAAAACAACCUGGACAACUGGAAGUCGUCGCGCAGGAAGCGGCAGGAGGACGUCAUCGAGCGGCUGACGGAGGUGAAGAAGAUGGAGGAGGACGUGGGCGGCUCGCGGCGCCGCAACAAAACCUUCGGCGAGAUGAUGCAGGACCGAGGCGGGAAGGGCCGGCGCGUGCUGCAAGUAUUCACUGACGACGAUAACGACAUCAGUAGUCUGCUGAGCGCCAAAUCACCCACCUCCAGCGACACAAAGUCCGACCUGGGCUUCGCCACCAGUUCCGACACGGGCAGCGAGCCCAGCGACCAACAGGAGCCGGACAAGUGCGCUGCCUCGCCCACCUCUGGUGAACCGAACGGCCACGACAGCGGCACUGAGGAGUUCACCUACGAGUCGGCCAUCCAGGGCUACAUGAAGUUCGCCGAGAAGACGGCGGCCACGGCCCGCCUGCCGCCGCCCGAGACGCCCUCGCCGUCCCUGUCGCCGGUGGACUCGUCUCGGCGCCGCGAGCCCAGUCCGCGCGCCGCCUCACCCAUGGAGAAGUCCGAGGUGCGCCCGGCCCCGUACACAGCCCCGGCACCGGCCGCGCCCGCCGUAGCGCCCGUGAAGACGGGACGCCCGUCGGUGGUGCUGAGGGAGAAGAAGGCCAAGGUGGACGUGCUGAAACGCCGCUCGAUGUUUGAGCAGCGCAGCGGCAGCGAGGAGCGUUCGCCGCUCGCGCAGCGCCGCCAGCAGCGCAAGUCGAUGGACCUGAGCGACGGCCUGCGCCACCGGAUCGCCUCUCUGGAGACAGUGAGCGGCGCCGGCGGCGACGAGGCGCGCUGGCGGCCGCAGGGCGGCAAGGGCGACCAGUUCCGACAGAAGCUGGCCAUGUUCAACACGCUGGAGAACAGCCGCGAGGCCACGGCCGACCGGCGCGGCCCGGUCGAGAUCCCGCGUCAGAAGAGCGCCUCGGACCUGCGCUCGCGGUUCGAGCGGAUGGCCUCCGAGCAGACGGCCGAGCCGGCCGAGCGGCCGCGCAGCUCUCUGGAGCGGCCCAGCGAGCCGGAGGGCGGUCACUGGCGGCACGCCUCGCUGGACGCGCGCCGCUCUCUGGACGCCGACCGGCGGCCGGAGGGCGCCGAGACGGAGACCCGCUCCCUGGAGACGGCCGCCCGGCAGCCGCCCAAGGUGGUGUCGGCCGUGCCGCCGGCCGCCGCCGUGGAGCGGCCCGCCGAGCCGGAGCCGGCCCCGGCCGCCAGUCCGGAGCCCGAGCCGGAGCCGGAGCCGGAGUCCUGGGAGCCGACACCGGCGCCGCUGACCAACGGGCACAGUGCGAGCCCGGCGGCCGAGCCGGCGCGCGCGGCGCCCGUGCCUUUGGCUGCGCCCGCCGCCGGCCCCGAGACCAGUGCGAGCAAACCGGCCGGCUGGGCGCCCGUGGCCGCCGUGGGCUCCGCUCCGGCGCCCUACUCGGCUCCCGCGGCGGCGCCCGCUCCGGUGGCGGCUCCGGCUCCGGCCACACGCAGCGCCAUGUCUGAGCCAGCUCCGGCUCCGGCCCCGGCUCCGGCUCCGGGCCCGGCGGCUGAGGAGGAGCCGGCCCAGGAGGCCCCUCCGGCGAAGGAGCAGGAGUCGGCGGUUCCGUCGUGGGAGGAUCCGGCGACAGCCGUGGACGAGAUGGAGGCCCAGAUCCUCCGUCAACUGGAGGAGAGCGAGCGGUCCCAGAUGGUCGCUGAUGUGCCGGUGGUGCUCGACUUUCCGCUGCAGCCGUCCGCGGCGGCCCCGCCCAGUGAGAAGCCUCCGCCGCCGCCACCAGAGGACGACGACGAGCCCGUGGAGAUUCGACCGGUCAAGUCGACGAGCUCCGUGAAGAAGGACCUGUACCGCCGCCGCUCCGACUUCCUUGGCAUCCAGGGCAGCGCCGAACAAGAGCCGGUGCCGACGGUGGCCCGGCCGCCCGACAUGGAGUCGCUGCUGCGCCAGGAGCGCGCCGCCCAGCAGGAGCAGGAGCGCCGCCGGCAGGCGCAGGAGACGGCGCGCCGGCGCGAGCAGGCGCGCCAGGAGUCGCUGCGCCAGGCCGAGGAGGAGGCUGAGACCCGUGCAGAGGAGUUCCGCCGCCGCGCUCAGCAGGAGAAGGAGCAGCGCGCGCAGGAGCGCCGCGCCCUGGAGCUGCAGCAGGAGCAGGAGCGGCUCCAGGAGCAGGAGCGACAGCGGCAGCAGCAGGAGCAUGAGCGACUGGCCGAGCAGCAGCGGCAGAAACAGGAACAGGAGCGGCAGCAGGAGCAGGAGCGUCUGCAGAAGGAGCAGGAGCGGCUGCAGCAGGAGCGGCGCGCCCAGGAGGAGCGGGAGCAGGAGUGGCGGCGGCGGAGCGCUCCGGCUCCUGCUCCGGCUCAGGAGCGGUGGGCGCAGGAGUCGCUGUCCGACCAGGAGCGCGAGUGGCGCCGCCGCAAGGAGCGCCUCUCCGAGGAGGAGGUGGACCGUCAGGAGCGCGAGAUAAUGGAGAGCCUGGAGAAGGAGGAGAACUGGAGGCACAGCCAACAGAUGAGAUACCAGUCCCGACUGGCGCGCCGCCAGGCCUCAGACCAGCAGUGGCAGCGCACCCAGGAGUGUCCGCCGGGCGGCGGCCCGGGCGCUCAGUCCGACCUGCUGGCCAGUCGGCACCAGGCGCGCUCCAACCCCAACCUGCUGCACGAGGCGCCCGGUCCGAGCGCGCUGGUGCCGUCCCGCAGUCACGGCGACCUGCAGGCGCCGGCCGGCGGCGGCCCGCUGCAGCAGAGCCGCAGCCACGGCCGGCUGUACGACACGGAGCCGGCGCCGGCGCCGACCGCGCGCCGGCCGGCCCGGCCCGGCGGACACCCGGCCCAUGGCGCCCCGGCGCCGGCCCCCGCCCCGGCCCCGGCCCCGGCGCCGGCCAAGCCGCAGCGAGUCGAGCAGGAGGUGCGGGCGCCGCGGCCAUCCAGCGCGCGGUCCCAGCACCCGCAGCCGAGCCCCUCACCCACGGACGGCGGUCCCGGCCAGAUGACCCGCACCACGCUGCACGCGCUGUCGGCGGCGCCGCGCUCCAACCUGCGGCAGGAGUGGAUGCCGCGCAAACGGGCCGACGCGCCGCGCAACACCGACCAGCACUGGCUGAUCCAGGAGGCUGAGCAGCGGAGGAUCAGUGAGCAGCAAGAGCGCUCCUCCCGGCAGAAGCACCAUCCACCGGCGCCCUACCAGGCACCGCGGGCGCCGGCGCCAGUCCAGCACCCGGCUCAGCACCCCGCUCAGCACCCGGCGCAGCACCCCGCGCAGCACCUGGCGCAGCACCCAGCGCAGCACCACCAGCACCCAGUGCCGCAGCAGUACCCCGCCUACUACACCCAGCAGCCCAUCUACGAGAACACGCCGGCGCAACUCAAUAGCAACAACUACCAGGACAUCAGCACGGUCCGGCCAAACUACGGCACACAGGUGUACCACAGUCCUGACAUGCGGUCACCGCAGCCGGAGCCGGCCCAGAGCCCCGAGGACCGCGUGCUCAGCGUUAGUGGCCGGAAAAAGUGCUCCCACUGCGGCGAGGAGCUCGGUCGGGGCGCCGCCAUGAUUAUCGAGAGUCUGCGCCUCUUCUACCACAUCAACUGCUUCAAGUGCUGUGUCUGUAACGUGCAGCUGGGUAACGGCUCGAUGGGCGCCGACGUGCGGGUGCGGAACAACAAGCUGCACUGUCACGACUGCUACUCAAAUGACGAGGGCCUCAAGUUCAGUAAAGUGUAGCUGCGUGCCUGCGCCGCCUGUCGUUAGGGUGUGUUUAAAUACGUCACAACUGGACGCAAUAAGUGGCAGAUACCUGUGUGCACAUGUCUCUGCCCUGGAGUGCGCCCGCCGCGGUCGCUGAAGUGCCUAGUUUUACUGCGAGCGAUGUCCGUUGUUAUAGUGUAGUGACCAGUCGGUUUUCUCGGCUCGGUGAUGCGCCGAGUGACGUGUAUAGAGCAGGGGUCACCGGGCGCCCGCUCAGCUGCGCGUGCGCCGCGCCCGAGCGGAGAGCCGGCACGCACGGGCCGCCACGCCCAGAUAUCUACCAAGUAACCGUGCUCCCCCGAGUCACACGCCCGGUUUUAUUUGAUCACGCGCUGAUAGCAGUUUGAGAUUAUUUUAUGUAGUGAUUGACGAUGUAACAAUGAUUAUUGUCGAGAGUUUGAUAACAUGUAAGAGACGAUUGGCUGAAUAAACGACGGGAUUGAUUGUCCAAA